AGAAAAUGAAAGGAACAGCCCGUGUUUAGAAAAUGGCUGACCAUUGGAACAGAAUUUUACUCCUGGGAUCACUGAUCUUUCCAUUAUGCUACAUAACAGUUAAUGGGAACAUUACACAGAACUGUACACAUUUUCAAACUUCUUCUUGGAGGAAUAUUUUGCAAAGGAUGAACCUCAAUGUCCAAUUUAUGCUGCUCACCCGUCGGAACCCAAGUUGUGCCCAACCUAUCAAUGACAGUAAUGACAUUCAGAAUUCAAACUUUAAUGGAAGUCUGCCCACAAAGCUAAUAAUGCAUGGUUACAGGAUCACUGGCAGCAAACCUUCUUGGGUUGACAUCCUGGCAAAAGAAUUGCUUGGUGCAAUGGAUGUGAACGUUGUCAUUGUUGAUUGGAUUAUUGGUUCAACAGCUUUAUAUCAUAAUGCAGUGCAGAAUUCUGUUGAAUUGGGUUUGAAGAUUGCUAUUCUUAUAGGAGACUUAAUGUCACAUGGAAGCACAGAAGAUUCUUUCCAUUUGAUUGGAAUCAGUCUAGGGGCACAUGUAGCCGGAUUUGUGGGUCGCAUGUUCAAAGGAAAGCUAGGGCAGAUCACAGGUUUAGAUCCUGCUGGGCCCAAGUUUUCAAAGGCAAGUAUUGAUCAGCGUCUUGAUCCUGGGGAUGCGGUCUUUGUUGAAGCCAUUCACAGUGAUUCGGAUAACUUUGGAAUUUCUCAACCAGUUGGGCAUAUUGAUUUUUACCUGAAUGAUGGGAAAGACCAACCCGGUUGUCCUCGACACUUAUUAUCCUCAGUGUACAAGUAUUUAAUUUGUGACCACAUCAGAGCAAUUUACGUGUACAUCAGCUCCAUCAAGAAUCAUUGUCCAUUGGUCGCUUUCCCUUGUGAGAGUUAUGAACACUUCAGGAAUGGGCAAUGCAUCGACUGCUAUACCCACGCACUACAGCAUUGCCCACGCAUAGGACUUUUGGAGUGUGGGGGCUUGAGUGCAGAUGUGCAGCCAAAGGAAGUUAAAGUGUACCUGAUGACGUCAAGUCAGCCACCUUUCUGUGUGAAACAUUUUCUGCUAGAAAUAUUUUAUGAACAAUUAGGAUUCCAUGAGCAACGUGUCAAAAUAAAAUUUCAAAGCAACAACCACUCCAAUGCAUCAUACCUUCAUCUAAAAAUACCUAAAAAGCAAUCAAAUGAAAGCACAAUAAGAAGAGUAAUACCAUAUGAUGCCAGUUUUGGGAACAUGAAUGACAUCACUAUUGAACUGUUAUCCAGUUGGCGUAGGAAAAGAUAUCCAAUUCAUAUUGAGAUGUUACGUAUUAGGGAGCUCCCUUUGAAUGACAGGUCCCAAACACAGCUACAGGACUUUGGCAAGGCCUCUGCAAGGCUCCUGGUCCAGGCCAACUGCAGCCAGGAGUCUCCAUUCUGCCAGCCGAUGCCUCACCGCCAAGUCCAGGAGGCCAUGCAUCGGGCCUAUGAAGCCAGGAGAACCUACCACACUGCUCCUGACUGCCCGUGACAUCAGGAAGAUGAGAAAAAAGAAGAAAAGAUGAAAAGAAGAUGGAAGAAAAAAUGCAGCUGGUCUGUAGCUAUUUGCAUAACACAUAAUACCAUGUUAUGGCUAUAGAUUUGAAUAAUUGUUAGUGACGCCUGAAUAAAAAAGGCUGCAAAUUAUAAAAAUUUACAAUAAAAACAGAAAAUAUUAGAAAUGCACAGCUGGCCCCAGCAGAAUCUGAAGUGUGGACACAUUAAAGUUUUGAGUGGAAACCUUUCAGCAAAACUGAGAAAAUGAGGCAAGUGGUCACUAGAUCUGAUGAAAAGGAAGAUGAGGAGUAUGAGUAAUAAAU